CCCCCCAUUUUACACAGCCUCUCUCCCUCUGCUUAGUUAGCUAUCCUGGGAAGGUGCAUUGGCAGCUAUCAACAGAUAGAAGGGCAGGGAGAGGGAGGAGACGCGAGAGAGAGAAGGAGGUCUUUAUUACGCGCCGUACAAUACCCAAAGCCCUGGGGGACCUCUUCCAGCUGGGCUCAAGAGGGCAAAGUCAGGCAGGAGAGCAACUCGGGAACUUUUCAAAAGAGCUUUAAAGAGCCACAGUGGAGUUCCCCACUCCCCUCUCCCCUUUUGCUUUUUGAGAGGGAGGGCGGCAUCGCUUGGGAAGCGAAGGUGGCUCUGAUUUCAUUUGGCAGCGCCUAGGAUAGCGCGCAUCGGGAGGCCAGCCUUUUUGGGAGGAAGGCUUCUUCCUCCUCCUCCUCCUCCUCCUGCUACUGCUGGCGUGCUCCAAACUUGCCUGGAUGGGGUCUGCCCGGUGGAAGAGGCUCUGCCUUUUGUUCCUGAUAGGGAUAACGUUCUCGGUCAUCUUUUACGGGCACUACUACACCACGACGGAUUCAUCCAGACUGCUGCAGCAGGAGACACUGGGGCCAGCGCAAGCAGAAAUUCCCCAAGAUGUCAGGAACCACAGUCUGCCCAGAGAAAGCAUCACAAAGAGGGGGAACCCAACCAAAAAUUCAUCUGAGAGAGGAAUUCUUAAUCAUCCUAAGGAGAAGGAUUUGCUCACGCCAAGCCUUUCUCAGUCCGGUUUGUGUCCCCACUCACUGAAGUCCAAAGUAAAGGUGGACCCAACGAUGAGGAAGCAGUUUGAUUUUGGCAUCCCGGUGCUGAUGGAGAAGCAGCACUUCACCCCGGAGACCUGGGAGAAGCUAAAAGAGCACAAAGUCCCUUACGGCUGGCGUGGCUUGUCAUAUUCAGCAAUUGCGUCCACCGUGCAGCUCCUCAAUGACUCUGCCAGCGGUAGGCUCUUCAGCAAGACCGGGCUCCCUGAUGGCUGCAGCCGCUGUGCUGUGGUUGGGAACGGUGGGAUUCUGAACGGCUCUCGUCAAGGCAAGGAGAUAGACGCUCAUGACUUUGUCUUCAGGCUUAAUGGGGCAGUGAUCAAAGGCUUCGAGGAAGAUGUUGGGACAAAAAUCUCCUUCUAUGGUUUCACAGUAAACACCAUGAAGAAUUCCCUCAUUGCUUAUGCAGAAUAUGGCUUCACGCAGAUACCACAGGGCAAGGACAUCCGCUACAUUUUCAUCCCCUCAGAUCUACGAGAUUAUAUCAUGCUGAGAUCCGCCAUAUUGGGCACUCCGGUCCCAGAGGGGUAUGACAAGGGCGAUGAGCCACAACAAUAUUUUGGAUCUGAGGCAUCUGCAGGAAAGCUCAAGUUGCUGCACCCUGAAUUCGUGCAUUACCUAACAGAGAGGUUUUUAAGGUCAGAAAUAAUAAACAGCCAGUAUGGACAUCUCUACAUGCCCAGCACUGGAGCCCUGAUGCUUCUAACAGCUCUUCAUACCUGUGAUCAGGUCAGUGCCUAUGGUUUCAUCACCGACAACUACAGGGCAUUCUCCGACCACUACUUUGAGCAGGAGAAGAAGCCAUUGGUCUUCUAUGCCAACCACGAUAUGCUGCUGGAAGCUGAGCUGUGGAAGAGCUUGCACCGGACUGGCAUCAUGAAGCUGUAUCAACGGUGAAGGCAGCUUGGCAAACGGGCAUGGAAAGGGAGAGGGCAGCUCCACCUGAUUUCCAUCCUUCAGGUGGAUCCUGGGCAGCCCUUCCUCUAUUUUAGGUCAGCAGCAAAACUGAAAAACGGCAGCUUCCAAAUGUGCCAAAGGAAGUCCUGCAUCAGUC